UGCUAUGUGGAUAUUUGUUAGCAAUGACUGAUGUGGAAACUACAUAUGCAGAUUUUAUUGCUUCGGGAAGAACAGGCAGAAGAAAUGCAAUACAUGAUAUCCUGGUUUCCUCUGCAAGUGGCAACAGCAAUGAAUUAGCCUUGAAAUUAGCAGGUCUUGAUAUCAACAAGACAGAAGGUGAAGAAGAUGCACAGCGGAGUUCAACAGAACAGAGUGGGGAAGCCCAGGGAGAAGCAGCAAAAUCUGAAAGCUAACAUCCCACCUUGACCUUCGACAACACCUGACGAUGUCUCAAAUCUCCAGGCGUGGCUGGAGUGCAUUUGUUUCCAUGAGUGAAAAGGGGAAAAGGAAAAUGGCUGUGCUGCAUCACAGGAUCCUGCUCGUUAUGUUAAAAAUGGGGGCAGAGGCUGUGGCUACAGACAGACUUUCCUCUACCUUUGUCAUUAGCAAUGGUUGAAAUCAUGUGGCCUGUGCUUGGAUGUCAUUUUUGUUUGGAUCCUUUCACAUGACCAUAUGAUGAAAUGCUUGUAGAGAGUAGUACUGACCUAGAUGAUGAUUCUUCCUGUAGCAUCUGGCCCUCACGAUGUCAGAGGAUUUAAUUGUGUCUAAUUGCGGAGGGUUGGUUGAACCCCAGAGUUUAAAUAUCUCUGGCUCAAGUAUUCACCCAGUAAAAGAACCAUCCAGAAAGAACUGUUUUUAGCAUUGUGUAUCUGUGUGUUACUGAUGUGUUAUUUACACUGUUUUGUAUUGUACAAUAUAGAUGCUCAGCACUGCCCCCCUUCUCGGAUUGCUUAUGAAAAACAAAAAUGAUGUACAUUACUGUGAAUUUUUAUACCACUCAUUUUUAAAAGGGCUGUCUUGUUUUUAAUUUUCCGUAGUGUGGUGGUGUACACAAGAUAGAACACACUUUUUAAAUGUAAUCUUUCCCCUUGAUCACUAUACGUUGAUGAAUGAAAUAUAACAAAUUCAUCAAGAUUUCUUUGCUUUAUUAUACAGGCAUUUGACAAUAUCCAUUAAUGUGAAUAUUACCUGAAUUCAGUCUGUUUGGUGUCUACACAGACCAGAAUUCAAUCUGUCAAUUUUGUUUUAUUUCCAAGUGGAUGACUUCUCCCAACUAAUAUUUUUGGUUUUAAUUAUGAGAAUUUUGGAGAAUUAGGAAGGUAAAAAAGAAAAGCCAAGAUAAUACUAAGAACUGGAAAUAUUUUGUACUAUGGAAUCAAAUUUCUCACGAUGUUGUACGUUACUAUUUAAAUCUGGAGGACAGCAUACCUUCCCAGAAGGUAUUUUUCAGGAUGAAAAGAUGGAGAUAGUCAUCUCUUUGCAAUCAUGUGGACACCAAUCACAAAAGUAAAGCCCUUGUGUUGUGUUUUUCAUGUCUUUUUUCAGCCCUAUCAGAUCCAAAUGUUAUUAUGCACUUUUUAAUGUUUGUAAAAUUUUACUAAUAAUUAGUGUGAAUUGCAUUCUGAUACAAUAAUUAUCAUCAUUAGAAGCUAACAAAAUCCUCAUUAAUAUGGUGUUUGAUGGCCUCUGCUGUGUUUUGACAUCAUGGUUCUUAUAUGGAAAGUUUUUGUGAGUUGUGUAAUCCCUCUGGUCAGUAUUAUGAAAUCAUUUAUCAGUGGUAAUAAAUAAGGAACCA